GAUGUAACACGUCUAUUGGAACGAAAGCAUUUUCACGUUUUGACAGGAUAAAAGAUUCACCAUUUAGCCGUAGUAAUGGCAGAAUUUGACGCCAGACAAUAUUUCUUGCAAACCCGUAUAAACAGCACUGGAGCUUCACUCUUUCACCAGGGGUAUCUAUUGAGGCAGCAGUACCACCUCUACGACAAAGAUGGUGAUGCCUUCAUGUGGAACCAGGAUUCAUUGACUGGGGAGUUGCCAAUGGACACAACAGAGACUACAGAUGAUUCACAGAUGGACUCUCUUCCUGCUCAAGGUGGAUACAUGCAAUAUUCCGUCUUCCACUCUCAGAUGGACACCAUUCCUGCACAGGCAGCGUAUGCUCAGUACUCCGUGAUGAAACCACAAAUGGCUGCUGGCCCAGUAUCUGACAACACACCAUCCAACUGUGCAGGAUCACCAAGGGUGCCUGUGAGCUACCUGGCCAAGCCAAAGUUACAACACAUACAGUGGCGAUAUGGAUCCUAGAUGGAAGCAUUAGUGAAUGGCAGUAGAAGGGUGGGGGUAGGGUAUAUGUUGGGGGCUAGU